AUAUAUUUAUUUAUUUACAUUUAAUAUAUUAAUAUUGUUCAUUUAUUUUUCAGAAUAUGGAUACAGAUAAAGAUGAAAUCUUUGAUAAUUUGACUACCGCAAUAUGCGAAAAUAUAUCCAAUAUGUCUGCAGAACCAACACCAACGCCAGAUAAAAAGAGAAAGCGUUUUAAAGUUACAAUGGCAUGGUCCUCGGAAGAUGUGUUUAAUUUAAUAGAAAUAAUGGAAAAACAUCCUUGUCUGUGGGAAUAUUUUUCUUCAGACUAUACAAACCGACAGAAGAGAGUGAACGCAUGGAGAGAAGUUGCAGCGAACUCUCAUGGCCGUAGCGUUGAUGAGUGCAAAGCCAAGUGGGCGAAUGUGAAAACAGCGUACAAUAAUACAAAAAACAAAUUACAGGCAAAGUCUGGUCAGAGUGCGUCAAGUUCACAACCUCAUUGGCAAUUUUGGACUACAAUGCAGUUUUAUCAUAACCACGACAAAGAAAAAACGACUUCAUCUGUUUCAAAUAUAAGCCCUGAUAGCGAAAGUUUACCAAACACACAUUUUCAACCCAUCAACAUGCAAUCCAACGCAUCAACAUCAACGCCAGCUGAUGCAGCAACCAAUUCGCCAGAAGAUAUUUUAAAACGCGCAACAGAUUUGUUGUAUGCAGAAAAAGAGGACAUGUGGUAUUCCUUCGGCAUGUACAUAGCGUCGCAAAUGCGUGAAAUGAAUGCAAAAAAUGAGAAAGCAGCAAAAAAACUUGAAAUUAAUAUUAUGAAGUGCACUAUAGAUGCGCUUUCAGAAUUAAAUGAUGAUUGAUAUUUCAUUGAAUUGCUUUUUCUUCUAUAUUAAUAAAGUUACAGACAUAUUUAAAUCAUUAACUUUACUUAACAUCUGCAGAGUACCUUUAUAAUUAUAAAACGUACUUCCAGACCGCGGCGGAGCCUUCAUCACAAUGUGUU